UCUCUUGUCUCGUUCUCAUCGUCUGUAUCUUGUCUCUCGUCCUCACUGUUUGUAUCUUGUCUCUCGUCCUCACCGUCUGUCUCUUGUCUCUCGUCCUCACCAUCUGUAUCUUUUCUCUCGUCCUCACCGUCUGUCUCUUGUCUCUCGUCCUCACCAUUUGUCUCUUGUCUCUCGUCCUCACCGUUUGUAUCUUGUCUCUCGUCCUCACCAUCUGUAUCUUGUCUCUCUUCCUCAUCGUCUGUAUCUUGUCUCUCUUCCUCAUCGUCUGUAUCUUGUCUCUCGUCUUCACCGUUUGUCUCUUGUCUCGUCCUCAUCGUCUGUAUCUUGUCUCUCGUCCUCACUGUUUGUAUCUUGUCUCUCGUCCUCACUGUUUGUAUCUUGUCUCUCGUCCUCACCGUCUGUCUCUUGUCUCUCGUCCUCAUCGUCUGUAUCUUGUCUCUCGUCCUCAUCGUCUGUAUCUUGUCUCUCGUCUUCACCGUUUGUCUCUCGUCCUCAUCGUCUGUAUCUUGUCUCUCGUCCUCACCGUUUGUGUAUUGUCUCUCGUCCUCACCAUUUGUCUCUUGUCUCUCGUCCUCACCGUUUGUAUCUUGUCUCUCAUCCUCACCGUCUGUAUCUUGUCUCUCGUCCUCGCCGUUUGUCUCUUGUCUCUCGUCCUCAUCGUCUGUAUCUUGUCUCUCGUCCUCAUCGUUUGUAUCUUGUCUCUCGUCCUCACCGUCUGUCUCUUGUCUCUCGUCCUCAUCGUUUGUAUCUUGUCUCUCGUCCUCACCGUCUGUCUCUUGUCCUCCAGUGUUCCACUUCUCCCAGCGGUUUACCACGGUGGUCCCAGAGUCCUGCAUGCUGAUCCUAUUGGGUCUGGUUCUGGGCGGAGUCGUCCUCUUAGCCAAUGAGAAGCAGCUGUACCAGCUAGAGCCCGCCCUCUUCUUCCUCUUCCUGUUGCCGACCAUCGUGGGCGACGCCGGUUACUUCAUGCCGGCUCGGCUCUUCUUUGAUAACCUGGGAGCCAUCCUGACGUACGCGGUGGUGGGAACGCUGUGGAACGCCUUCUGUACCGGCUUCUGUCUGUACGCCGCCAAGCUGCUGGGGGUCAUAGAUGAGCGUGUCCAGGCCGGUCUGAUGGACUUCCUGUUGUUUGGAGCUCUGAUCUCAGCUGUAGAUCCCGUCGCUAUUCUCGCCGUGUUUGAAGAAGUUCACGUCAACGACACGCUCUUCAUCAUCGUCUUCGGAGAGUCUCUGGUUAACGACGCCGUCACCGUGGUUUUAUAUAAAGUCUACAUUUCAUUUGUGGAAGUUGGAGCUGAGAACGUUCAGACGGCCGAUUACUUCAAAGGAGUCGCCUCCUUCCUCAUCGUCAGUAUUGGAGGGACUCUGGUGGGUCUGGUCUUCGCAGUCCUCCUCGGCUUCAUCACUCGGUUCACUAAGAAGGUUCGGAUCAUCGAGCCUCUCUUCGUCUUCCUGCUGGUCUACCUGGCCUACCUGACCGCCGAGCUCUUCUCCCUGUCCGCCAUUCUGUCAAUGACCUUCUGUGGUAUCGGAGCCAACAAAUACGUGGAGGCCAACAUCUCCCAGAAGUCCCGGACCACGGUGAAGUACACCAUGAAGACUCUGGCCAGCAUCGCAGAGACCAUCAUCUUCAUCUUCCUGGGGAUCUCGGCAGUGGACAAGUCCAAGUGGGCCUGGGACACAGGCCUGGUGUCCUGCACCCUCGUCUUCAUCUUCGUCUUCAGGGCCGCAGGUGUGAUCGGUCAGACUUGGGUCCUGAACCGCUUCCGGCUUGUACCGCUGGAUAAGAUUGACCAGGUGGUGAUGUCGUAUGGUGGCCUGCGGGGUGCGGUGGCGUUCGCGCUGGUGGUUCUACUGGACGGGGACCACGUCAAGGCCAAGGACUACUUCGUCGCCACGACGAUCGUGGUCGUCUUCUUCACAGUCAUGUUUCAGGGUCUGACCAUCAAACCUCUGGUGAACUGGCUCAAAGUUCCUCGUUCAACGAGCAGAAAGCCGACGAUUAACGAGCAGAUUUACGAGAGGGCCUUUGACCACAUCCUGGCAGCCAUAGAGGACAUAGCAGGACUUCAGGGAUAUCACCACUGGAGAGACAAGUGGGAGCAGUUUGAUAAGAACUACCUGAGUAAGCUGCUCUUGAGGAAGUCAGUGUACAGGAAGAGUGAAUUGUGGGAGGCGUAUCAGAAGAUCAACAUCAGGGACGCCAUCAGUGUCAUAGACCAGGGUGGGAACGUCCUGACCUCAGCCAGACUAUCUCUUCCCUCGAUGGCCAGCAGAGCCUCGUUCCCCGAAGUCACCAACGUCACCAACUACCUGUGA